CCGAUACGUCUGGUCCGGAAAGCGUUCUUGUCAGUCCGUUCCCGCAGUCCUUUCUCAGUUUACAUUUCUGCUAUACUCGCACAUACGACCGACACCUUGUUUCUAUAGAGCGGUUGAUCAUGCAACUGUUUACGCCGACAGCGCUCUGCCUCGCCCUCGUCGGCGCGGUGGUAUUCCACUUGGUUAGGUUGUUCCGAGAGAUCAAUCAUCCGCGCAAGAUACCCGGACCUACAUUGCUACCGUACAUUGGUCGCAUUCAUGAUCUCCCGAUCCAGUUUAUGUGGUUGAAGUUUAAGGAAUGGGCCGACCAGUAUGCCGGCACGGAUGGCUUCUACUUCACGGAGAUGCUCGGGGCAAAGUUUUUGGUCGUCACGAAGGAGAGGAUAGCCGAGGAGCUCUUAGUGAAGCGCGCGAAAUACAACUCGGAUAGACCCAUGGUAAGGUCCUUAUUCGACUCGAAGAGUACAUUCGGAUCGAUGGAGUAUCUCCCCCUUAUGGGAAAGAACCAAUAUUGGUCUCGGCAACGUAAAUUCACCCAUUCCUACCUCACCGAGGCGACCAACGCUCAUUACUAUGGUGUCAUGUACCAUGAGGCUAAGCGCUGGCUCACUCGGCUGAUCGAGAACCCUGACGACUUUGAGUAUUCCUUGGAAGAUAUGUCAUCGAAAAUCAUGUGCCAACUCGCCUGGGACGACAUAAAUCUUAGCGAAGCCUGCACCAAGAGCGCAUGGGGUCUUUUGACGCAGAUGUCGCCGGCGGGACCCAUUACUAACGUUAUAACCCCCUUGUGGCAUCUGCCCACAAUGAUAAACCCGUGGAAGAUUGCCGAGCACAAACGACACGACGAACAGCAGGCGUGGUGGAUGGAACGUAUAGUGACCACGCGCAAAAACCUCGAACAGGGUCGACAGAGACCUUGCUUCACCAGGCAAUAUCUAGAAAGAGGAGAGAAGCGCUCAAAUAUCUCUGGUGACCGUGAAGCUUCCUCCGUCAUAGGAAUGAUGGCUCUUGUUGGCAUCUUCACCGUAGUCGGUCCUUUAUCGUACUAUUUAGUGUCGAUGAUACACCACCCAAAGUGGCAGGCGACCGUACAGAAAGAAAUUGACGAGGCUUGCGAAGGGCGUAUGCCGACUCUUGACGAUGUGCCCAAGCUUCCAAUUCUCCGGGCUUGUAUUAAAGAGACCAUGCGAUGGAGGCCAAACGUGCCGACAGGAGUCGCACACGAGAUGGAGGCUGAUGAUGAAUUCCGAGGCUACUUCCUCGCUAAAGGAACGAGGAUCCUCCCACUAGACUGGGCAUUCCUUCGAGACCCUGAAAAGUAUCCCGAUCCUGAUAACUUCCGGCCCGAACGUUGGUUAGAACCGGGAUGGCCGACUUACCAGGAACCGCUCAGCGCGUACCCGACCAUUAAGGGCCUGUCGUCAUUUGGUUGGGGACAGCGUCAAUGUCUAGGACAGUCGCUCACCCAGGACGAACUCAUUGUUGCUUGCGGCGCACUUGCUUGGUGUUUCAACCUUAAACGAAAGAAGGAUCCAGUCACACAGGAGGAUAUACCAGUGGCUACUAACAAGUCGAAUUCUUUACUGAUUAUCAAGCCGGAUUCUUUCCAGAUGGCGUUCGAACCUAGGAGUGAGGCUCGGAAGGAGGAGGCUAUCAGGCUAUGGGCCGAAUCUGAUGCGGAGUGCCGACGAGAAAAGGAAGAGUUCCUCAGAGCUGCGGAUGAGAAGAACCGAAAGAUAGAAGCUGUAUAAGUUAUGUGACACAUUGACGGCGACGUUGAAGUUGUAUGAAUUGGUAUAGAUUGCACCAGAUAAGUAAGGGUUCAAGCUGGACGUUGGGAAUUUUUAGAUGGCUGGACCUACGGUCGUUAUAACUUAAAACAUUUCAGAGUGUAUUCCAGUAUUUAGCCCGAAAUACUUGAGGUACCGCCUACUUGCAAUAUAAAUGAGGUUAUAGGAGGUUAUAACUUAUAAGUUAUAUUUUUAUGGCCUAACAUUCAACGUACCUAUAGCAUUUUACGAAAC